CUUCAUAACACUUUUUUUCUUCUAGGGCUCACAUUGUUCGACUUUCUUUUCACCUUCUUUUACUUUGCAAAGACGCAUCAUGUCUCAACACGGAAACUUCGAUACAACGUUCACAAAGAUAUUCGUGGAAAAUUUGCCUUGGACAACAAGACAGGAAGGCUUGGUAAACUUCUUCAAACGUUUUGGAGAAAUUAUCCAUGCUAACAUCGUUUUUUAUAGAAAAACAGACCGAUCAAAAGGCUAUGGCUUUGUGACGUUUAAAGAUGCUGAAUCCGCAAGAAACGCUUGCAAGAAUCCGAAUCCGACAAUAGACGGACGAGUGACCAAUUGCAAACUCGCUUCCCUUGGUGCUAAAGUUAAACCUAACCAAUCCAAGAUAAUCCCUUUAGCUCAUGAUGAUCUCUGUUUCAGAUCCCCAAGUUUUUGUCAAAACCUGCAACAACCUUCAAAUUCUCCUCAACCUGUAACUACGAACCCUAGACCUCAAUGGAACCAAGUUUGUCCGCAACAUCCUCAGCAGCACUGUUGCAAUUCUCCACAGCAUUAUCUGCAAUACAAUCCGCAGUAUGUUCCGGUCUCUUACAAACAUUACCACUUGGUUGACGACACCAACCAAUGCUAUUGGCUGCAUCAAUCUAUAAACGCUGUUAACGGAGAAUCGAGCAGCUUACAGGCUACGGGAACGCUGACGGAGUUUCUUGCGACACAAGGAUCUUCGCUAAGUAGAUCGAGAGACCGUCAGAGUUAGACUUGCGGAGUUGAAAACGAUGAUUCUUAAAGUUAUACAUUUAUUUAUCAAUGUUUUUUCUGACUUCUUGAAACUCCUAGAUAAAUUUCUUGAUUCAAAUAUCUGAGUUUUUAUCAAGAUCUUGUUAAUCAAUCGAUUAUUGAAUU